ACUAAUUAUAUACAAUAUACUUUUGUUAAAUUAGAGGUGGCAAAGCUAAACUCCAGUGAAUGGUACUUCUUCAGUUUUCGAGAUCGCAAAUAUGCUACUGGUUUUCGAACAAAUAGGGCAACAAUUUCUGGCUAUUGGAAAGCUACAGGCAAAGAUCGAACUGUGCUUGAUCCUCGAACAGGUGGUCUCAUAGGCAUGAGAAAAACUUUGGUGUUUUACAGGAAUAGAGCUCCAAAUGGGAUUAAAACUGGCUGGAUUAUGCAUGAAUUUCGUCUGGAGAAUCCUCAUAUACCUCCUAAGGAAGAUUGGGUAUUAUGUAGAGUAUUUCACAAAGGUACUAAAGAUGAUCAAAACAACACUAGUAACAAUCUUAGCUCAGAGAACAUGUACGAGGUUAGUGUCACUUCUCCAGAAUUUGUUGUAUCUCCUCUCAACAAUAUGGACAACCAUGGAUCCACAAUGCCUAAGUUAUUGCACUAUGGCGAUGGCGACGGCUACCACACGUUGACCGGUAGUAACUCUGUCCAUCAAAACCAGAACUCGAGCAAUUUUCAGUUGUCGCAAGAAAUAAAUAAAGUCUUGGCUAAUGAAAUGGUUCACUCAAAAUGUGGCAAGGAAGAUGAGUUUGGGUUCUUGUAUGACAUGAAUUUUGAAGAAUAUUCAAGUUUACAAGAUGGAGGUGUUCAUAAUUCAUGCAUUGGGGAUAUAAGAUUUGAGGAUGAAAAUAGCUUGGUUUUUAUUUAAAAUUAUUACUCAUCAUUAUUUGUUGGAUUGAUGUGUGUAGGGAAAAACUUAAAUAUUAAAUCUUAAUUAUUUGUAGAAAUUAAAAAGUACGAACUUUAGAGUUUGCUUUUGUGUAUAAGAUAUGGUCCUUUUUUAUUUCACAAGCUCGAUAGAUUUAUAAGAUGUUAAGGAUAUUCCAUUGUUCA